CUCUCCCUCUCUCUCUGUGUAAAAACGAACUCUUGAUUCGAUCCUUUGUCUCAACGGAAAUGGCGAUCUUCCCCAACGGUUCGAGGGCCACCUGGGCGCCGUCCCUCAAGGCCCUGCUCGCUUCCACCCUCGUCAUCUCCGCCGCCGUCCUCCUCAAGCUCUCCCUCCCGGCCAUCGCCGGCCUCGUCCCUUCCCUCCACGCCCUCCUCCUCCCCUGGCUCCGCCCUCCUUACCUCUACAUCCUCGUCAACUGCAUCAUCAUCUCCAUCGUCGCUUCCUCCCGGCUCCACCGCCGCGGGGCGGACGACGGCGGCGGCGAUGGCGAUGGCGAUGGCCGCCUGGCGCCGGGGGUCGCCGCGGCCGUGUACGCGGCUACCCCGGCCGAAGCGGCGGUCCGCGCUCCGGCGGAGGACCUGAAGGCGCCGGAGGUCGCGAGGGUGGGGUACGGCGGCUACGGCGACGGUUACGGUGGGAGGUUGGUGGAGGUGGUGGGGGGUGGCGCGUACGGCGCUGGGGCUUUGGAGGAGGCGGAAGCGGAUGAGGAGGUCGUGGUGGCCGUGGACGGCGGUGACGAGCCGGUGGUUCCGGAGCCGGCGAGUCCGCUGCGGAGGAACGAUUCUUCGGACUUCUCGUUCUUGAGUCCGAACGAGGAUCGGAGAGAAAAACCGCCCGUUUCGACGAGGUUCGGUCAUCGGAAGCCGGCCAAAUCAAGUCCCGAAGUUGGGAGGCAGUUGCGGGUCUCGAGGCCGAAGCGGAACGACACGCUGGAGAGUACGUGGAGGACGAUCACCGACGGUCGCGCGAUGCCGCUGGCGAGGCACCUGAGGAAGUCCGACACCUGGGACUCCCACGGCCGGCGGAACGACGAGAACAGCCCCCCGCCGCCGCCCCCGAAGAUGAAGAAGUCGGAGACCUUCGCCACCCGCCCCGGCCCCACCAACCGGCCGGCGAGCCCGUCGCCGGGCUCGGGGAGGCUGAGGAGGGACCCGUCGCUGGGCCAGGACGACCUGAACCGCCGCGUCGAGGCCUUCAUCCGGAAGUUCAACGAGCAGAUGAGGCUGCAGCGGCAGGAGUCCCUGAACCAGUUACAGGAAAUGAUCAAUCGUGGGGCCGGCUAAAUCUACGAUUCUUGGUGAAGCCGGACCCAUUUUCCUUUCUGGGAAAAAAUUUAGUGGGGGUAGAGAAAAUGAAUAGAGAAUUGGAGUUGGGAGGCAUGAGUUUCUGUCUGUGAAAAGUUACCAAGUUCUUUUUUUCUAGUUGGGUAUAAUUAUAGAAAUGUUAAGAAAGCAAAAGAAUGAAAAGGACGCUGGAUUUUUUACUAUCGUUCAGUCGUUUUCUUGGUCCACAUCCGGUUUCUUUCUUUCUUUCUUUCUUCGACAUUGGCUUGGCUAUGGUCUGGUUUGGUGUUCUUAGCAUGAUGAUUAGGACAACCUUUCGGUUGCACUGAGGAAUGCAAUUUGAGGCUUAGUGGCGGGUGGAGGAGGAUUGGUGGGACUCGAGACACUCCAUUGCCAGAAAAAAACACUAGUGGAACCGAAGGAUUGGGCGGCUUCCCGUUCGUGGGAGGGUCGUGCAAAGUUUCCUGUUCUUCUUCAGUUGUCUCGUUCAAUGCAUUUCAUUCUCAGUGACC